CUGCAUGUCCCGGAGUCGUACGGGCUGUCUCACUCACUCACUCACUCAUCCUCGCAAGCUGUCUGACCGGACUAAACUUCACAAGCUCUGCCUCCAAGGUACCCGCCUCUGUCGACAGUCCUGACGGACACCAUGGCUGGGACGUGGCGCCUGCUCGGUGUACAUGUGGUGGCUGUGGUAGUGAUUGUGGGAGCGGUCGCUCCGGUGGUGCCUGCAAGCGUGGGGAGGACAGAAGCGGAGUGCAGUGCGUCUGAGUACACCUGCGGUGACGGGACGUGUCUCCCCGCUGAGGUCUGGUGUAACGGUACGGCGGAGUGUGAAGACGGGACGGAUGAGGACUGUAACUAUGAUUGCCUGGACGGCUUCCGCUGUGGAAACGGCCUUUGCAAGCCGAGAUCCUGGGUAUGCGACGGUGACAAUGACUGUGGAGACAAAACCGACGAGAUCAACUGCACCUGUUCUGACCAGUUCCAGUUCACCUGCCCGGACGGCAGCUGUCAUCACGUGAUCCAUCGGUGCGACGGUCACUCCGACUGCUCGGACGGGGCGGAUGAGGCCGGCUGCGAGGCUGCUACGGGCUGCGGCCGGAGGAACUUUACUCUGCCAGAUGACGAGGACAAGAUUGUUGGUGGAGAAAACGCCAUCUACGGGGCUUGGCCUUGGCAGGUUCAGUUGAAGCGGACGUACGGCAGAGGGCCGUUCUGUGGAGGUACACUGUUGAAUGCUGAAUGGGUGGUCAUAGCAGCGCACUGCUUGAUGUAUGACGACUACGAGGAUUGGAAGACAGUCCGAGUUCUGGCAGGAAAACAUCACCUGGAGCAUCCGGGUCCCCCAAACUCCCAGGCAGUCGUGGCCGGUGUGGAGAGGGUCUACCUUCACGAAGAACACGAUGACGGAACCAAAGAGAACGAUAUCGCACUUGUCAAGCUCGACAGGAAGUUUGAACAGAACAACUUCAUCAACUACCUCUGUGUCGGGAGCAACGAAACGGUCGGGCUGGACGAGAACUCCUACUGCUUCGCCACGGGCUGGGGGAGAACCUCCGAGGAUGGGCCCCAGCCGGACGUGCUGCAGGAGUUGAAGGUGGGGGUGAUACCGACUGAAGUCUGCAACAGUGAGCCCUCUUACAACGGCCGCAUUAGGGACAACAUGAUCUGUGCAGGACACUGGGAAGGCGGGAAGGACGCGUGCUACGGAGACUCGGGGUCGCCCCUGGUCUGCGCAGGAGACGAUGGCCGCUGGUACUUGGCAGGCAUCGGCAGCUGGGGGAGGGGGUGUGCCAGAGAGUUCAAACCCGGCAUCUACGUAAGGACCUCUCGGUACAUCGCUUGGAUGGACAACAUAAUUGAGACUGGUGGUCAAGUCGGUUGUUCAGAAAAGAACGCGUUUGCCUGCGGUGACGGCAGCUGCUACCCUGAAAGCUACAAGUGUGACGGGUACGAGGACUGUACAGAUGGAUCGGAUGAAAUCGGUUGCCCAACCCUUUAUCCCCCUUGCUACCUGACCUGCGACAACGGCUUCCAAUGUCUCUACGAAGAAUCGGUGUGCAACUACUGGGUCGACUGUGCAGACCUGGCGGACGAACAGAACUGCAAUUGUACUGGCAUGCAUACGUGUGACAACGGAGUGUGUGUACGACCGGAGUUCGUCUGUGACGGCUGGAGUCAGUGUGGAGACGGAAGCGACGAAUUUGGCUGCCCCUGCAGACCCGCAAGUUUCAUCAGAUGCGGUCUGCAGUGUAUCCCGCCGUUUUGGGUGUGUGACGGUUAUGUGGACUGUGAUGAUGGCACAGACGAGGCCGACUGCGGCAUCAAAAAUUCGACUAUCCUGCCAACGACAAUGACGGAGCAGUGGACAACAGUUCCUCCUACUGCGACCCUGACAACAGAGGCGAUGACCACGACUGCCGCAAUGUCUCAGAGUACAACUCCGGCAUCAACGCAAGGUCCCUGCCCCCCGAAUUACUACCACUGCGACAGAUGUAUUCCAGGGACGUUAGUUUGUGACGGUGUACCUGACUGCAUGGACUUCAGCGACGAGAUCGGGUGCAUUUAUGCAUGCAGUAAUGAGUUCCGCUGCGGAAACGGCCUGUGCAAGCCGACCUCCUGGGUCUGUGACGGGGAAGACGACUGUGGAGACAACACAGACGAAAUGAACUGCACCUGUUCCAGUGAGUUUCAGCGCGCAUGCGGGGAUGGAUCCUGCUAUCACGUGAUUCACCACUGCGAUGGACACCGCGACUGCGCAGAUGGGUCAGACGAGGACAACUGCGUGAGCUCCUCCGGCUGCGGCCUGAGGAACAUGACUCUUCCAAGCGGCCAGUCCAGAAUAGUGGGAGGAGACACGGCGGACCGUGGAGCAUGGCCAUGGCAGGUGCAGCUGAAGAGAACGUAUUCCAGCACACCAUUCUGUGGGGGCACACUGGUGGCCCCGGAGUGGGUGGUGACGGCUGCGCACUGUUUGAAUGAGGAUCAACCAAACGAGUGGCCAACAAUCCAAAUCCUCAUUGGUAAGCGUCACCUGGGGCAUCCCGGAAUCACAGAUCCGGAGGCGAUAGUGUCGUCUGUGCAGAAAGUGUACCUCCACGAAGGCUACGAUGACUAUACGUCUGACAACGACAUAGCUCUUGUGAGGCUAAACACAAGCAUCGACCAGACAACAAAUUUGAUCAACUUCGCUUGUCUGGAAACCAAUGAGACAGCGAGAUUCGACGAGAACUCGUACUGCUUCACAACUGGAUGGGGCGACACUUCAUCCGGUGGAACACAAGCGGAGCUGUUGCAGGAGCUGAAGGUGGCUCUGAUCCCGACGGCCGUCUGUAACCGGACCAUCUCCAACCAGGGCGGCAUGACGGACAACAUGUUCUGUGCCGGCUACUGGGAGGGCGGGGGCGACUCCUGUCAGGGGGACUCCGGGGGUCCGGUAGUCUGUGCAGGAGAAGACGGCCGCUGGUAUCUGAUGGGCAUCACCAGCUGGGGGUACGGGUGUGCUAACAGGUACCAACCAGGAGUCUAUGCCAAAGUCUCCAAUUACAUCGACUGGUUGGACAAUAAAUUAUUAACUGGUGGUCAAGUCGCUUGCUUGGAGAACAUCACAGUCACCUGCGGAGACGGCAGCUGCUUCCCUGCAGGCUACAGGUGUGACGGGUACGAGGACUGCAGCGAUGGGGCGGACGAGAUCGGUUGCCCCUCGCUUGGACCACCCUGUGCCCUGUACUGUAACAACAACACACAGUGCAUCCCAGACCAGUGGGUGUGCGACUAUUGGGCCGACUGUGAUGACCUUUUAGAUGAACAGGGCUGUGAUUGCAACGACACGUUCUCAUGUGACAACGGUAUCUGUGUCCUACCGGAGUACCGAUGUGACGGGACCGACCACUGUGGAGAUGGAAGUGAUGAGAGCUACUGCCCCUGUGAUGAUGGUUACUUCAGCUGUGACAGAUGCAUCCCAUCGUGGUGGGUGUGCGACGGAGACGACGACUGCUCAGACGCUAGUGACGAGGCCAAUUGUACCUAUACAUGCAAAAGUGAGUUUCAAUGUGGAAACGGCCUGUGCAAGCCGACCUCCUGGGUCUGUGACGGAGAGGACGACUGUGGGGACAACACGGACGAAGUAAACUGCACCUGCUCCACGGAGUUCCAGCACACCUGUGGGGACGGAAGCUGUUAUCACGUGAUCCACAGAUGUGACGGUCACCAUGACUGCGAGGACUCGUCGGACGAAGAUUCGUGUGUUGCAGAGCCCACCACAUGCGGACUCCGUAACAUGACGAUUGUGGAAACUGACGCACAGGAGAGGAUUGUUGGCGGGGACCCCGCCGAGCGCGGAGCCUGGCCUUGGCAGGUCCAACUGAAGAGGAUAUACAGCAGCAGGCCGUUCUGCGGCGGCACCCUGGUGGCUCCAGACUGGGUGGUCACGGCUGCGCACUGUCUGGAUGACGAUACCCCUGAACUUUGGCAGUCCCUACAAGUGUUGAUCGGGAAACACGCCAUCACGCACUACCCGUGGGACAACGACACCGCCCAGGCCGUCACGUCAGGUGUGCGGAAGGUCUACCUGCAUGAAGGGUACAACUCCACCACUCACGACAACGACAUCGCGUUGGUGAAGCUGGAAACGUAUGUCAACGUCACAAGUAACAUAGUGAACUACGCAUGCCUGCCGGACAAUGCGACUCGGCUGAACGAGAACUCGUACUGCUUCACUUCCGGCUGGGGACGGCUCGCGUCAGGUGGCGAUCGUCCUUACAUCCUACAAGACCUGAAGAUCGCCGUCAUUUCGAAUGAUGUCUGUAACAAACCAUUCUCCUAUGAUGGUUCUGUGACUGACAACAUGCUGUGUGCGGGGUACUGGGAGGGGGGCGGAGACUCGUGUCAGGGCGAUUCCGGUGGCCCUGUGAUCUGCGCGGGGGAUGACGGGAGAUGGGACCUGGUGGGAAUCACCAGUUGGGGUUACGGCUGUGCUCGUCCCUACAAACCCGGCAUCUACACCCGGGUCAGCCGCUACCUGGACUGGAUCAGGCACAGGAUGGACCAGGGAGGCUCAGUCGCCUGUGCAAAUGGUACAGUGGAAUGCUCAGACGGCACCUGCUUCCCCGAGUCGUACCGCUGUGAUGGGUACGAAGACUGUGCGGGAAGAGAGGACGAACAAUUUUGUCCCCCUUUCCCGCCCGCAUGUGUGUACUACUGCACAAACCGACUGAACUUGACGCAAUGCAUCCCGGACAGAUGGAUCUGUGACUUGUACGUGGACUGUACAGACGGGUCGGAUGAGUCUACCUGCAACUGUACCGACGACUUCAAGUGUGACAACGGUGCGUGCGUGUUCCGGAACUUCGUUUGUAACGGCCGAGACGACUGCCUGGAUGGGAGUGACGAGCGAAACUGCUCCACACCAGCUCCAAUAGCAACCUCAUCAGCAACCACCACACCUGUGGAUACCAGCACACCUAUGGAUUUGACAGAAGCGACAACUGCAAUGCCAAUGACUCCAACUCCACCCAUGACCACCGGCAAAGAUGCUGUCUCCACAAGUAAACUGCCUGCAUCGACUAAAGCUCCCAUGACAGUGGUUGAGAUGGAGGUGACCCUCUCCAGUGAAACGUUCACGGCGGAUCUGCAGGACAGCAGCACUGAGGCGUUCCAGACACUGUCAGCACAAGUCAUCGCGGCCAUGAACUCUGUGUACCAAGACUAUCCUGGCUAUGAAGGCGUUACUGUCCAAGGAUUUAGGUCAGGCAGCGUGGUUGCUGAUGUCAACGUGCUCAUCGAUAGCCAGGAGGAGGCAGAAAUGCCCCUAGCGGUGGCCAGCGUACUGCAGUCAGCUGUAACUAAUGGCAACGGCAUGGUGGGGGAGGUGGAAUUCGGUGGAGUUGCUGUCAGGGAAAAUGGUGUAACAGUCGAUGUGGUGGUGUGCAGCGCUAGUUGCCAUGACGACAUGACGUGUGUCACCAGCGGAGGAGAGUGUCGGUCCUUCUGUACGUCCAACACGGAGUACUGUCUGAACGGGGGAACCUGUCAGGACGGGAACCCGGUCCUGGAGUGCAGGUGUCCUUCGGAUGUAGUUACAAUAUAUCAGUACUCAGGAUCACGCUGCCAGAACGAAGGACUAAGUGUGUUCAUCAUCGCCAUGAUUGCUGUCGCGUGUGCUCUGGUCUUCAUCAUUGCAGUCGGCCUUGCUGUUCGGUGUUGGCCUCGGGGGAAACCCAAAACUUCCAACGACGAUGCACAAGCAGUGUUGGAGAGUGCGGAAUCUAAGCAGAAUGGUGUCCCGAUGGAGAACAAGGGAAUAGACAACGCUGCCGCCAACAUCCAAGAGAACGGGACAGUAGCGGGAUCUGAGAAAGCUGUUGCCCAGCAAUAUGAGGAGGAUUCUUGGUUAUAGCGUGACCACUUUGCAGUUAAUACGUUUUAGACCGACUGCUAGUAUCCAAGUGUGAUGCAAACUCAUUGUUAGAAAGACAAUAUUCAACUUUAUUACGCUAAUUUAACAAGCUAAUGAAUUCCAAAUGAAAAACAACAAAAUUAAAUGUUAAUCUACCAAGUUAAUGAACUAUCAGUUAUGUCAUUUCACAAGUUUAAAUGAUAUAUCCCGAUUAAUUCCGCAUCCGAUUAAACUUGCUAUAAAUGCAAUGUAACCAAAAAGCAACAAAUGUUAGUAGGCCCAGUUUCUAUACAACGUAUUGUAACCUAUUAGAAAAUAGAGGACUUAGUACUCUUUGAGCAAAUCUUAACAGUUUAUAACUUAUAUAAGAUUGAACAUAUAUCGGGUCAUUCUAAACCAAAAACAAUGAUAAGAAUGGAAUGUUGUCUUCAAUUAUUAGCAAUACAGUAUUUACAGUAU